AUGAUAUUGCAAAAUCCACAGUUGCUUAUUGUGGCUGCAGUUCUGUUCACCUGUUGUGUGGUUGAGGCUCAACUACCACCACGUCUAUUAAUACCCGGAGCCAUACCUUUGCCCGCACCACGUUCUGCGCCUCAAGCUCGUCGCACUCGGCCACCAACUUUAAGAGCACAAAACAAUUUCAUUCCGGCAAAUAUACCGUCUCGCAUUGAAGAAGCGAAACCGGUCACUGAGUCGGCGGAGGAUGAAACACCCGAUGUGUUCUUGCCAAAUCUGUUGCGAGAGCAACAACUAGCUCAAGCACAACAAUCACAAUUCCAACAAGCUGCUUCGGCCUUUUUGAAUAACGACCCAAGUGUGAAUGCAUUGCCAGAACCAUCAAUCGACUUUGAGUCAUACACAACUCGGUUCCCAGAUAGGACUCAGCCUCCACCAACGGUACAACCUAGUCAGAAGCCCAAUUUCAACGAUUUUGGCAUAGGCUCUAAUGUCAUUAGUACACCCAGAUUUAGUCAGGAGAGACAGGCACCUCCACCACCAAUUCAAGCCCCCAUACCACAACGUGAACGUGCCAACGUGAUCAGAAGUCGACCAACUGCUGUACGUGAACCCAGACCUCAGUAUGAUACCCAGCCUGUUCAAGUGCCACAAAGACCAAGACCCAAACCCAUCCAAUCACGCCCACUUUAUGAUCAAAACCAAAUAGAAGAUAACCAGCAAAACAACAGACGUCAACGGCCUGUCGCACAAACCACAAGGAAAUGGCGUGAAGAGAAUGAGGACGGCACAAUCGUUUGGGGCUAUGAAAACGACGAUGGCUCCUUUAAGGAAGAAGUUAUUGGCGUUGACUGUAUAACAAAGGGAACUUAUGGCUACAUUGAUCCUGAUGGUAACAAACGCGAAUACCACUAUGAAACUGGCAUCAAAUGUGACCCAAACAAACGUGACCAGACCGAUGAAUAUCAAGAGAACAGCUUCAUCAACUACGACGACAACAAAGCCGUACUGCCAAACGGCAUUGAAAUAGAUAUGACCCAGCUGGGCAAGAAAAAGUCAAAGAGACCUGGUGUCAAUUACCGAAACUGAUGUGUCAAUCAUAACAUGCUAGUUCAUAAGUACAGCACUGUAUCCAUAAUAUUUUGUAAAGUUUAGGUUUUAUUAUUUUAGAACAUACAAAGUCUUACCAUUUAUCAUACAAAUUGUUCGUAUUCAGACGUUGAAACAGUACC